UCACACGGAGCGUGUGCGCCGCUGCAGCGUCACUAGCCGACCGACAUCCGAACCCCGCCGACACACCGACACACGGAGCCACCAUGAGCAGGUGUCUGAUCAGUCAGAAGGAGGUGCAGACCUUCAUUGAGCGCUGCAUGACCGCCGUGGGCACCCAACCCCACCACGCCCGCAGCCUGGCCGAGGUCCUGGUGGAGGGGGACCGCAGGGGCCACUACAGCCACGGGCUGAACCGCAUGGACAUGUACGUGAAAGACAUCCAGAUGGGGAUCUGUGCCAAAGACGGAGAGCCGGUGGUGGAGAAGGAGACGGUUGCUACGGCGCUUGUGGACGGCAAGAACCUUCUGGGCCCCGUUGUGGGAAACUUCUGCAUGGACCUGGCCAUCAAGAAGGCCAAGGAGGCAGGCAUCGGCUGGGUGGUGGCACGCGGUUCCAACCAUUAUGGUAUUGCCGGAUACUACGCAAUGCAGGCCCUGAAAGAAAACAUGAUAGGCAUGUCUUUCACCAACACAUCCCCACUUGUGGUCCCCACGCGAGCCAAAGAGUAUCACCGCUAUGCAGAUGAUAUGCAACUCUAUGUCUCAUUCCACCCUCACAAGCCUGAUAAGCUGCUGGUUCUUCAUGAUUGA